AUGGCGAGCCAUGACCAGCAGCACCACCGCCACUUCUCCGGCGACUUUCAGUUCAACAACGACGACCUGGCCUCGCUCUUCGCGCAGCGGCCCGCCGACGCCAUCUCGUCGCCGAUGCAGAUGAUGCAGCAGCAGCCGUGGUUCUUCCCCGACUACCUGCAGACGCCGCCGCUCGACUUUGGCGCCGACGCGUUCGGCGCGAGGGACGACUUCGGCGACGUGACGGCUGGCGGCGGCGGCGUCGAGGAGGUUGUGAAGAUGGAGCUGCAAGCGGUGGACGUCGCGGGGAUGCCUGGCGGCGGGCCGGGCGGAACGGCGGCGCCGAUGACGCCACACAGCGUGUCGGUUUCCUCGACCUCGAGCGAGGCCUGCGGCGCGGUGGGUGGGGACGAGGAGGGUGCCGGGAAGUGCAAGAAGGAGGAUCAGGGCGAGGGCGACGAGAGCAAGGAGGCCCAGGAGGCGUUGGCGGCGGCGGCCAAUCAGGGAGGAGGUGGUGGGGAUGGAGAGGACAAGAAGAAAGGGGUGGGUGGCAAUGGGAAGGGGAAAGGCGCCAAGGGGGAGAAGCGGCCGCGGCAGCCACGUUUCGCGUUCAUGACCAAGAGCGAGGUUGACCAUCUCGAGGACGGCUACCGCUGGCGCAAGUACGGCCAGAAGGCCGUCAAGAACAGCCCAUUCCCGAGGAGCUACUACCGGUGCACGACGCAGAAGUGUCCGGUGAAGAAGCGGGUGGAGCGGUCGUACCAAGACGCCGCCGUGGUGAUCACCACCUACGAGGGCAAGCACAUCCACCCCAUCCCGGCCACGCUCCGCGGCAGCGCCGCCCACCACCUCCUUUCCGCGCACGCCCACGGCCUCCACUACCCCCACUUCCGGAUGCCCGCGCCGCAGCCGGCUCCCGGCGCAGCCUUCCCUCCCGACGGCGUCUUCGGCAACUUCCUACAGCAGCAGCAGCAGCAGCAAGUCCAAGGCGGCGGGGGGCACCACGCCGCCAUGCAGCAGGCGAUGCAGCAGCAGCAGCUCGCCGCUGCGGAAUCGGCGAUGCGGCAAGUGAACGCGGCAGCGGCGGCCAUGGGCGCGGGUGGCGCGAGCUCGGGGUCUGCUGCUACGGCAGCUGGUGCGCCGCUGCGGAUGGAGCACUUCAUGUCGCAGGACUACGGCCUGCUGCAGGACAUGCUCAUGCCAUCGUCCUUCGUCCACAGCAACGGCACCGCCAACAACAGCCAUAACAACCACAACCGCCGUUGA